GCCGCCGCCGCCGCCGCUGCUGCCGGGACAGGAGCGGGAGCGGGGUCGCCGUGCGGUGCCUGCAAGUUCUUGCGGCGGCGGUGCGUGCCGGAGUGCGUGUUCGCGCCCUACUUCAGCUCGGAGCAGGGGGCGGCGCGGUUCGCGGCCAUCCACAAGGUGUUCGGCGCCAGCAACGCCUCCAAGCUGCUCUCCCACCUCCCUGUCGCCGACCGCUGCGAGGCCGUCGUCACCAUCACCUACGAGGCGCAGGCCAGGCUCCGCGACCCCGUCUAUGGCUGCGUCGCCCAGAUCUUCGCGCUGCAGCAGCAGGUCGCGAUCCUGCAGGCGCAGCUGAUGCAGGCCAAGGCGCAGAUCGCCUGCGGCAUCCAGAGCAGCUCACACUCGCCGGUGAGCCACCACCAGUGGCCGGACAGCGGCAGCAUCAGCGCCCUGCUCCGGCAGGACAUGGCGAGAAGGCCCCUCGACGACUGCUUCGCCGCCGGUGGCGCGCUCCUGCCUGAGCUCAUGGCCGCCGGCUUCAAGGACGACGUCGCCAUGCAGCAACAUUGCUCCAAGGCGGUGGACGCCGGCGAGCUCCAGUACCUGGCUCAGGCAAUGAUGAGAUCAACCUCCAACUACUCUCAGUAG